UGUGUGCUUGUGCGUGUGUGGCCUUGCUCACUAUUUUACAAGUCUUUGGGGGUAUGAAGGAAUAUUAAUAGCAAUGGAUACUAUGUUGCCACCGGUAGAACAGCUUUGAGAUUAGUACCCAGAGCUGUCAAUCAAAAUAACGUUAAAGAUUUUGUCGAGAGUUGUAGUAAAAAUUUGACAAAAAAGGGACAAUGGUGUCUUGUGCCCUGUCUGGACGUUUUGUGUCAGACGAUUCUGCGAGGUCAAUGGUUUAUUGUAGUGACGUCAGAGCUGACGUAACAAGCAUUGAGGACUAGGGUGUGUGCACGCGCGGGUCAACAAGGCCAUGUAUCCUUCAUGAUGACAACCACACGAUGAUAAAGCAAAUUAACUCAGCAAUUUCAUUAAGGUGGAUUUAACGAAGCAUAUGCUUAUCAUUGCUUUUGACAGCGAGUUGUUAGAUACGGCAGAAGGAGGUGAGAAGUAUUUGCGGGUGUCUAGAUAAUGUUGGACAGCUUCAUGAAAGUUGACAUUGCUCUGGCCCUGAAAACUUCACCGAUACGCAAAAAAAGAAGCACCAUAUUUAGGAUGGAUAUCAACCGUAUACAGUACGCAUUCCUGUUCUUCGUCGCCUUAUCUGGGAGCUAUUUUAUGGGACUGAUCACAACACUUCGGUCUGCGCCUCCAAUCCCUAUCCAAACUAAGGGACCGCCUGGCUCCGAGAUACUGCAGGGAGUGCCGCAGGUCGGGGAGCUGAAGCUGGUGCGGAGGAACGAUGUUGCGUUGGAAAAUCACAAACUUGUAGCAGCGGAAAAUGGAGAAGGCGAAGCCAUCGAGUUUGAAUGGGGGAAGGGUCCUCCAACCUCGGAAGAGAUGAGAGAGUCUGAUGAAGAAAAGGAGGACCAUGCUGAUAAACAGUCUGGUGGUGAUAAGGAAGACAAGUCUGAAGAGAAAGAGGAAGAAAACAAGAAGAAUGCAGACGAACCAAUAAACGACAAUAUAGAUGAUGACAAUGAUAUCAGAUCUUUGAUUUCCUCAAAGAUGCCACCUGGAUUAGAUCUCGUGGACUUCAACAACAUCGAGAUUGAUGUGAAGAAAUGUUUUGAUAAACUUCAGUACAUCGCUGGCUGCAAUCGCGACAAUGCCAUGAAAAGGCAAAGGACAUGCGCAGUUGUCGGCAACAGCGGCAUCAUCUCCCAGUCCGGCUGCGGCAAAGCCAUCGAUGAGCACGAUUUCGUCAUCAGGAUGAACUUUCCAAAUUUGAAAGAUCACAAAAAAGACGUUGGUGAGAAGACCAGCCUAAUGGUAGUGGGCCGUCACGUACUGAGCAUUAUGUACAAGUGUAUUAAAGACAAACACGACUGCAAGGUGUUGAAAAGGCUGGACGAUCAGGAUCAAACGUACGUCUACCACCCAGAACCCCUCGUAGACCUGGAGACCAGAACGCCUCGCAGGCCCUACAAGAAGUUCACUUACAUCAAGAAAUAUGUCAGCACAAAGACGAACGUUGUCAACUUUCUCUAUUCCAUGUCCAGUGCCAUCGAAAGAAUUAAAGAGCUUGGGAAAAGUCUAGCUGAACGUUUUCCGGAGACACCAAGCAACGGCGCUGUUGCGUAUUCCUUAGCACUGUCCUUCUGUGAUCAAGUGGAUCUUUACGGAUUCUUCCCCUUCAAAAAGUACCAGGACAAGACAGUAUCCCAACAUUACCACGGCGACCCUGAGCUGGCAGGAGAUGAGUUUAACGAGGCCGCGCUAGAGCAGGAGUGGGGCUACAUGAGAGAGUUAGAGUCCAGGGGCGCACUCAGCUUCCACAUUGAUACAUGUCAAAGUAAAAAGGACAAAUAGUAGAUCCGCAUUUUGGUUAUAUAAUACAUGUAAGAUUAUGUUGUAUGUUCAGGACAAUAAAAUUGAAAUCACAAUUUUGUGGUAAUUUAGUAAGUAGAUUUGACAUAUAGAAUAUGUCGUCAAGGCAAAUAUACAGGUGUGUGAAGCUAUAUUGUUUAAUAACGCUAAAGGCCUGCUAAAUUAUGUAAGUAAGUCAAAAUCGUCAUCGAAAAAAAAAAGGAAACUGAGAAAAAUGUAGAAUACAUAUUUUCUGUGAUGCCCGAAAAUUCCAAUAACGAAGCUAAUUAUACGGGAUAGAUGAGCUGAUAUGAGAAACCCCUGGAGUCAUGUGCAAUUAUUAUGUAGUAUCUGUUACAUUCUUUCAUAAUAAAGACGAGAAAUAGA